AUGAAGACACCCACAUCUCUUGAGAAUGUUCAUGCUUGUGAGAAUUGGUUGCCAAGAAGGGUGAUGAGUGCAUGGCGCAUAGCAGGCAUAGUGCAUGCCUUGGAAGGCUGGAAGGAGCACGAAUGUGGCUACAAGAUGUCCAAUAUUGACAAAGUUUGGCAAGCAACUCUCCAACAUGGCUUUCAGCCUCUCAUCAUCUCUACCACUCACACCAAAAAUUAG